ACAAAAGUUGCGUUGCUUGUAUAACUCGUGUGUAGGUGACUCAUUGGCCUGCAGUAGUGCUUGUUCACACUUGUUAUUGGAUAAAACAUCGCAGUUGCUAGUGUCAACAGUUGUGUUUGUCUGUUGUAGAAGGUCAAAUUUUUAACGUAAACAUGGCUGUUAUGUCAGACAUUAGGAAACCAAAAACGCACAAAGGGAAAAGGAUUUUGGAGCGUAGGGCUCCUAAGUUAGUAGAAAAUGACAAGUGCACAUUAGUCAUAAAAGGCAGCCACACAAGUGAGGUGGUUACCACGUUUCUCAAUGAUCUGUGCGCCAUAAAACAGCCACUCGUCUACCGCCUAAAGUGGAAGAACAAUGUACUUCCGUUCGAAGAUAUGUCAUUCGUCGAAAAGAUGUGUAACAAGUUCGACUGUUCUAUGUUUGUUAUUGGCAUGCAUUCUAAGAAAAGACCACACAACAUUGUUUUUGGAAGGUUGCAUGAUGGUGAACUGCUGGAUAUGUUUGAACUCGGAAUAAAAAUGUACCAGCCAUUGUCCGACUGCAAGGAUAAAACUCUCAUCUUCGGUGCUAAGCCAAUGCUGUUAUUUUCUGGUGAGCUGUUCAACGUCGAGAAGAAACAUAUGACCUUAAAGUCAUUGUUAAUAGAUCUUUUCAAAGGGCCAACAGUCGAAAAAAUAAGGACAUUAGGUGUUGAGCAUCAGUUUCACUUUAUAUUAACUUCAGAAAAUAGCCUUUGUCUUCGAGUCCGGAAGAUCAGUAUGGCACAAAACAUACUGAAUUCACAAGAUCAGUUACCGUAUGAUCCCAGUAUUCCGCCUCUGAAAACUCCGGACGGGAAAAUGCUCCACGUGUACCUCGAAGAUGCUACUCCAACGAUUAAUUUCGAGUUGCGGCGCGUCAACCUACCAUCUGAGGACAAAUGGAAACGAGCCCAUCGCAUACCAUCUGAAAUUAUGAAAGGGAACAAGGUGACCAAGAAUAAACAUGUUGAUGUUUUUGGCAGCCGAAUUGGCCGUGUUCACGUAGGCAAAUCUUCAGAAUUGGAAAAUCUAAGACCAGGACCAACCAUCCGAACAGCCUUGACUGGACAUCGAAAACGAGGGUUUGAACGAGUAAAAUCUGGUAUCAAGAAGGACAAGAAAGCCACCAUCCCUAAUGAUUCUACAGUAAAUAAACGCCGUAAGCUGUACACAGAUGUAUAAUAAAACAAAGUCUACUAAUUAUGCUGACCUUAUUGAUUCGUUUGAAUAUACAUGAACAGCGG